AUGGGGGAGGGGACAAUUACAAAGCCCGAAAAAUUUAAGAUAAGAAAUAUGCUAUCAUGUGUGAUGCUGGUUUGCAUAUUCGAGUUGAUGGAUAUGCUGUCAUAUAGUAGCGCUAUCAUGGUAAACUACAACUCAAGCAAAGAUAUAGAUGCAGUAUGUAUGAUACUUUACAUAUACCCAACCAUAAGCUCAGUGAUUUUUUACAAUGUGUUUACCACUAUUGACGCUGGAAUUGUGAGCAGUGCAAUUGUAGAGAAUUUUCGUUUCUUCUUUAAAAUGAGCGAAGUAGUCCAAAAAAACGUUGAAAAUGAAGAGGCUUUGGUCACUAACAGUUUUUUUUUGUUCUUAGUCACUGGUUUGCUGUUUGCACUGAGCAGUAUUAUCAUGAUGAAACUUAAGCUGGGUCGGCUGAUUUCGCACAUUCCCAAGGCCGUCGUUUACGGAAUAUUUGCAACCAUAGGACUAAUACAGAUUCCUGUGGGUUUGCAGGAACUUAUGCCAAAUGGUUAUGAUUCGAGUAAUUUAUCGAUGUACAUCGUCGCGUUUGUCAUAUUCAUUACUAUAUUUAUUCUUCAAAAACGAUAUACAAACGUGGUUUACAUAAUGCCAUUGAGCAUGGCGGUGUGUCUGGGAUUAUUUUACGCCUUUUUUGCAUUCCGAUUCCGAAAUAAUCUAAUUUAUGAGCUGAUGCUACGCGGCUGGUUGCACGAGAGAAAUGAUAGGAUUAUCAAUCCUUCCAUGUUGUUUGAUAUGAUUGAGGUGAAAACGCUCAAUUUUAGAUUUUUGUUGAAGAACAUGAGAACUAUUCUAGUCUGUGUUUUUUUUUCGCUAUUACACGUUACUUAUAAUCUGCCAAGCUACAAGAUGGAUUUGAAUAUUGACUUUGAUUAUUCGAAAGAGCUAGGAACACAGGGUUACACCAAUUUAUUCACGCUAAUCCCCUGCUAUUUUAUAUCGUGCUAUUCCAGUCCAUUUUACAAGUGUGGUGGCACAAAAAGAAUUUACGGUGUUAUAAGUGGAAUAUUUCUGAUAUUUGUUGCAUUGUUUGGUUGUACUAUUCGGGGAUACGUUCCAAAAUUCCUACUAUGCAUGCCUCCUCUGCUAAUAGGAUUUACUAUGAUCUACGAUACGUUGAUAAACGUUGUUUCUGAAGCAAGAAUAUUUGAGCAGCUUGUUGUUCUUGUGAUUAGUUUGAUUUCAUAUUUAACAGAAGAUUAUUUUCUUGGUGUUGUUGCUGGCAUUUUGAUACACUUGGUGUUCUAUUUUAUGAUGAAACAACGCCCUAUGAAAAAUGACGAGCAGAUCACUGCCCAUCUCGAAUGUUUAGUGGGUUAUACCUACAUAAAAAUAGAUUACGUGUUCUGUUUCAUGACCAUGAACAAGUUUAAAAAGCACGAUUUCUCGAGCGAAAAAAUUAUUGUUGACCUCUUAGAAUGCCCAGCUGUAGACUGGAUCGGUUCCGACUUACUCUAUGACGCUAUCAAUAAGCCAAAUAAAACCGCAGUGAUCGUUGGAGUUCCACUUAAUUUCAACAAACAGCGAUUCGAUAAGAUUUGUAAAGUUGUAUCCGAUGCAGAUGAAUUGAAGCAAUUGAUAUGAAUUAUUAAAAUUUCU